AUGGUGACGCUGAGCCUGUCCUGGCUGGGCCUCGGGCCGGUGGCAGCGUCCCCGUGGCUGCUCCUACUGCUGGUCGGGACCUCCUGGCUCCUGGCCCGCGUCCUGGCCUGGACCUACGCCUUCUAUGAGAACUGCUGCCGCCUCCGGUGUUUCCGGCAGCCCCCCAAACGGAACUGGUUUUGGGGUCACCUGGGCAUGAUGCAGGGCGAUGAGGAGAACAUGAGGCUGAUAGAGGAUCUGGGCCACCACUUCCAUAAUGUCCAACUCUGGUGGCUUGGGCCUUUCCACCCUGUCCUGCAUCUCAUCCACCCAACGUUUGCUGCCCCUGUGCUCCAGGCUUCAGUUGCUGUUGCUCCCAAGGAUAUGAGUGCCUAUGGCCCCCUGAAGCUCUGGCUGGGGGACGGGCUCCUGAUUAGCGCCGGUGACAAGUGGAGAUGGCACCGCCACCUGCUGACACCCGCCUUCCACUUCAAAAUCCUGAAGCCCUAUGUGAAGAUUUUCAAUGAAAGCACGAACAUCAUGCACGCCAAAUGGCAACGCCUGGCCUUGGAGGGCAGUGCCCGUCUGAACAUGUUUGAGCACAUUAGCCUGAUGACCUUGGACAGUCUGCAGAAAUGCGUCUUCAGCUUUGACAGCCAUUGUCAGGAGAAGCCCAGCGAAUAUGUUGAUGCCAUCUUGGAGCUCAGUGCCCUCAUCAUGAAACGGACCCAGCACAUGUUCCUGCAAGCGGACUUCUUGUACUUCCUCACUCCCAAUGGGCGACGCUUCCGCAGGGCCUGUGACAUAGUGCACGACUUCACAGAUGCUGUCAUCCAGGAACGGCGCCGCACCCUCACUAGCCAGGGUGUUGAUGACUUUCUGCAGGCCAAGGUCAAGUCCAGGACGUUGGACUUCAUUGAUGUGCUUUUGCUGGCCAAGGAUGAAAAUGGAAAGGAGUUGUCAGAUGAGGACAUAAGAGCAGAGGCUGACACCUUCAUGUUUGGGGGCCAUGACACCACGGCCAGUGGUCUCUCCUGGGUCCUGUGCAGCCUCGCGAGGCACCCGGAAUGUCAGGAGCGCUGCCGACGGGAGGUGCAAGAGCUCCUGAAGAACCGUGAUCCUAAAGAGAUUGAAUGGGAUGACCUGGCGCAGUUGCCCUUCCUGACCAUGUGCCUGAAGGAGAGCCUGCGGCUGCAUUCCCCAGUCUCCAGGAUCCACCGUUGCUGCACCCAGGACGUGGUACUCCCGGAUGGCCGGGUCAUCCCCAAAGGAAACUCUUGCACCAUCAGCAUCUUUGGGAUCCAUCACAACCCUUCAGUCUGGCCGGACCCUGAGGUCUAUGACCCCUUUCGCUUCGACCCAGAAAAUCUCCAGAAGAGAUCACCUCUGGCUUUUAUUCCCUUCUCGGCAGGGCCCAGGAACUGCAUAGGCCAGACAUUCGCCAUGGCUGAGAUGAAGGUGGUCCUGGCGCUCACGCUGCUGCGCUUCCGCGUCCUGCCUGACCUCGCGGAGCCCCGCAGGAAGUCGGAGUUGAUCCUGCGCGCGGAGGACGGACUUUGGCUACGGAUGGAGCCCCUGAGCGCGAACCCGCAGUGA